CCUUUGUAUCUUUACCGGUGCAAAUGCAAGACGCUGUGAAUGCCAGACGGGCUAUGUGGGCAAUGGAAUACAAUGCCUGGAGAAGGCAGUGCCCCCUGUGGACCGGUGCCAGAACGACAACGGAGGCUGCCAUCCUCAGGCGAUUUGCUCAGACCUCCAUUAUGAAGAGAAAACCGCCGGGGUGUUCCACCUACAGUCUCCAGCAGGGAAAUACAUGCUGAACUACACAGAGGCAGAGGCAGCCUGCCAGGAAGAGGGAGCAACCCUGGCUACGUUCUUACAGCUCUCUGCAGCGCAGCAGCUCGGCUACCACCUGUGCAUCGCUGGUUGGUUGGAGUCCAAACUUGUUGGAUACCCAACCACUUAUCCAUCUCUCAGCUGCGGUAAAAAUCACGUUGGGAUCGUCGAGUACAGACAACCAUUGGAGUCAAACAAAUACGAUGCCUUCUGUUACAGAGUGCAAGAUGUGAGCUGUGUUUGCCAGGAUGGAUAUAUAGGAGAUGGAGAUUUUUGCAAUGGAAACCUACUGGACGUUUUGGCCACCAAUGCUAAUUUCUCAUCGUUUUACCUUGCAUUACUUAGGCAGUCAAACAUAUCAAAAAGUGGUGAAGACCUGCUGGAAUUCCUCUCUGACAGCUCAAUACAGGAAACCUUAUUUGUACCAACAAACAGUGGAUUUGAUGACAAUGAGACUUUGUUCUUGAGAGACUUGGAGUUCCACAUCUCGACCAACAACAGCUUUACCACUUACACUAAAAUGUUACAUGGGAGCAUCAUACCUUCAAGACUGGGAUAUAAUCUCACCGUCCUUGAUUCUUCCUUUACCAACAGAACUGCAAGAAAUGGUUCCAAGUUAAUAAAUGACCGACUUAUCCUGGAAUGGGACAUUCCUGCCAUGAAUGGAAUAAUUCAUAUUAUUGAGGGGCCUUUGAAAGCUCCACCUCCAUCAAUCUUGACCGUCUCUUCCCGCAAGACCCAGACAUCAAACACCACAGUCAUUUUCUCAGUUCUUCUUGUGUUUGUGUUGAUUUCGACAGCUGGCGGGGUGAUCUACUGGUUGUUAAAACGCAGAAAUAACGGUUUCCAGUUUCAGUAUUUCAAGGAUAAUGAUGAAGAUGAAGCCGUGUCCUCUGGUACAAGAAAGAACCUGGCAAUGGUCUCAAUCCCAAAUCCCCUCUUUAGUGGCUUCAGUGUAUUUGCAGAUCCUUUUAAUGAAGCGGCAGAUGUCGACAACUCAGAAGCACAACACAUCCUUGAUUAACUGCCAUGAGAGCCAAUAGGAUGACCUUCCUGAUUGACAGUUUAUUGUCACCUUAUGCAAAUUCUCUGGAAUUUUGACACCUUAUUUGAAUUGAAGUAUACAUGGAGAGAGAAACAAUUCUCUGGUCUGUUGCAAAUAUUCUGUUCAGCUGGAGAGCAUCAGGCUGAAAUAGCAAGCACUACUUUAUAGACUUUAUGCUUCAUACUGUGAAUUUUUUUUCUGCAGAUGUUUUUAUUAUAAAGAAGUCAGAAUUACCCUAAAAGUAAAAAUAAAAAUCAAAUAUACUGAA